UCUAUAUGUAUAAGUGAUUUCUUCUAAUACAAGGAAUCAUUAAUGGAAUCUCCAAUGGCUUGAGAGGCUCUAUUUUCUUCUUUAUAUGGUUUCACUUCAUUCUUAUUCUUAUUCUUCUACACACCCAAAAAUCUGAUCAAAACCCUUCUCCAGUUUUUGCCAGAGAGAGAUAAAGGUUUGGUCUUUUCCUUUUUCAGUUUCUCUUCUUUAUCUUCUCCAACUUUACCGGAAUAAUUGUUUAUUUUUGCACACUAAUUAAUAUUCCCAUUUCCCAUGCCUCUUCGACCCAAUUCUUUGCUCAUUAACUGUUUGAAGUUUUCGUCUUUUGAUUGAGACUUGGUUUGUUUUUGCUUUUUGUUUGAUGGGUACUUCGAUUUUAAUGUCUAAACUCAAGAACUAUGUUGUUUUCCUGAACAUUUCCUUUCUCGUAGUGUGUUCUGCUUUUGUGGUUCUCUAUUUUCACUCCCUAGAAUCAUCAUCAUCUCAUCUGGUUCUCAACAGAAACAGAAGUAGUAAUCACAUCAUUAAACCCACCACUGAUCAAGGCUGCAAGGGCUUACACUCCUUAGCUGACUAUAAAGCCAAGUGUUCGUACUUGAAAUCCAACGACCCUUGUGUUGAACAAGGCUACAUAGACUAUCUUUAUCUUUUCUAUUGCAAAUUUGGGAGUUUUUCCUUUCUGGGCUAUUCCCUUCUUCUCCUAUGGCUUCUCGUUUUGUUCUAUGUGUUGGGUAAUACAGCUUCUGAGUACUUCUGCUCUUCCCUUGAGAGCCUCUCCAAGCUAUUCAAAUUGUCCCCAACAAUAGCUGGGGUUACUCUGCUCUCUCUUGGCAAUGGUGCCCCUGAUGUUUUCUCCAGCCUUGUCUCCUUCAUGGGAGGUGGGACUAGUGAAGUGGGUCUCAACACAGUUUUGGGGGGAGCUUCUUUUGUGUCAUGUGUUGUGGUUGGAAUCAUAAGCAUUGCAGUGAGGAGAAAAGGUAUUAGGGUAAACAAGAAUGGUCUUUUUAGGGAUGUUUUCUUCUACUUAUUGGUUCUUCUUUGCUUGGUUGUGAUCUUGGUUCAGAAAGAAUUAGAUGUGUGGGGUGCAUUGAGCUUUUUCUCCAUUUAUAUUGCUUAUGUAGUUGUGGUUUAUGUGUUGCAUAUUAGAUCCAAUAAUGGUGGUAAAGAUAGUGAUUUGGGGGGUGUUGUUGACUCAACUCACCAUGGCAAUGGCUUAACCAUUCCAAUCUUGCAAAACAUGGAGAAGGGAGAGCUUCAUACUACUAUUGAUGAAGUAGUAGUAGAAGAAGAAGAAGAAGGGGUGAGAAGAUGGUUUUGUUUAGAUUCAAAUAGUGACUCAACAAUCUCUUGUGGUGUCUUCCUUUCCAUACUUGAGAUGCCCCUUUACUUGCCUAGGAGACUAACCAUUCCUGUCAUUAGUGAAGAAAAUUGGUCAAAAGGCUAUGCUGUAGCUUCUGUAACUCUAGCACCACUACUCUUGUCCACCCUUUGGGGCAGUCAAAUUGAAAAUGGCAAAACUUUGAAGCUGGUGGUCUAUGGAGUAGGGCUGCUGUUUGGGACAACAUCUGGUGUUGUUUCAUAUCUGACAACUGACAAGCCUAGCCCUCCAAAGAAGUGCAUACUCAUUUGGCUAACUGCAGGGUUCUUAAUGAGUGUGACUUGGAGUUAUAUCAUAGCUCAAGAAUUGGUUGGGCUAUUGGUAUCAUUAGCCUACAUAUUUGGUGUGAACCCUUCUAUUUUAGGACUCACAGUUCUGGCAUGGGGGAACUCACUUGGGGAUUUAGUGACCAAUCUGACAAUGGCAUUGAAUAGUGGAGCAGAAGGGGCUCAAGUUGCAUUCUCAGGCUGCUAUGCUGGUCCCAUAUUCAACAUUUUGUUUGGCUUAGGCUUAUCCCUAAUUGGGUAUUGUUGGUCCAAGUACCCUUCACCUGUGGCCAUCCCAAGAGACCCUUCACUUUUCCAAACAAUGGGUUUUUUGGCAGCAGCAUUGAUUUGGGCACUUUUGAUUUUGCCAAGGAGAAAUAUGAAGCUUGAGGGUGUGUUUGGAAUAGGGCUUUUGGUUAUAUACAGUGUUUCUAUUUCUUGGAGUGUGAUUCAAGCUCUUGGAGCUUCCCAAGUAGAUGAUAAUGUCUUUUAGUUCUUCUUACUAUUGUAACAUAUAUAUAUAUAUAUUUAUAUGAUUGAAUUGUAUAUAGGUUUUGAAAUCAUGACUCAUGGUGAUGUAGUUAAAUUCUAACAUGUAUCAAUAGACAUGAUUUACACUGCUCCAA